AUGUCCCCAGUAUCAGGAACACUCAUGGUGAGGCAGCAGCAUUUCGAUCCAAUAAAACACCUUUCUCUUCAGCAAGAGGGUCCUCUUCUGGGCUGUCCUCAACAUACACUAUUUGGUGGCGAAGUACACCUGUUCGCUGUUGACAUCUCUGUCCAUCGCUCUUCUUCCUUGCAGCUAUGUGAGGGUAACUUAGAACACAAUUUUGAAUGGGGAAAUGAUUCUGGUCUCACCUUCUUCUAUGCAUCUGGUGCAUUCAGGGUACAUGCCAUCUUUGAACAUGGUGAUAUGAUCCAGAAUAUGAAGACCAUACUUGAGAGAGCCAUGAAGAGUAACAUGAGCCCACCUGCCAUUAUCAUCCAUUUGAGGAAGGCCUGCCUUGGCAUCAAGAUCAUCCACAUUUUGUGUAUAAGAGCGGCAAAGGAGUUUGAGCUGGAAGAGGUGGACGAGGAGGUGCAUCUGGAGCUGUUCCUUGGCAUGUGGAAUAGACCUGUGCUGGAACGGAAGUCCUGGGCCAGCUGGGUUCUGCUUCUUUUCAAUGAAGUGGGAAAUUGCGAACCUUGA